AUGCGGCCGCCACACUCCGACGCGGCCCCGCCGCCGAUCCCUCUGAGUCGAAACCCUCUCCGACAAAAUCUCGCUCAAAUAACGAUCCGAAAUCAGCAGAUUCUCACCCGAAUUAUUAUUAUUAUUAUUACUAUUUUUCUUCUUACCGCCGCUCCUCCUCUUCGCCGGCGCUCUCGAUCGCGGCGGCGCCGGCAUGAGGAAAUAAAUCUUCCCGCGCUGGAGCUCAGCGUCCGGCGGAACCACGACGAUCCUGCGGCCGGCGCCGCCGGCGGCGGACGGCGGCGGCGGCGAGGAGGAGGGCUUCUUGAGGACGUGCUUGGGGUGGAGCUUCAUGAUCUCGGCCGCGCUAACGGUGCCGCUGAUCUCCUCGACGCGGCCGUUGGCGUGAACGAUUCUGAUGACGUCGAGGGCCCCACACGGCAGAAUACACGAAAUGCAGCAUCUGAUCGCGAAGUGGAACAAAAGAGCUAUGCUUUGCGGGCCAUAUAUUAUUGGGAUUCUACCUCUCAUCUUAACUGA